AUGGCUGUGAAACGCAAGACAGACGGCAGUGCUGCUACCGUGCCGCAGAAGAAGUCUCGCACCGUCCCUGCGGCGACUUCGCCUGAUUUGGGCUGGGCCUCAGAUGAUUCGGCGGACCAGAAAGUGAACUUCACCGACAACGGUGCCCGGAGGGCAGACAGCGAGGCCCGCCGACAAUGGCACUUCGUCUGCGAAGUUGACGGCUGCGGACAGCGCUUCAAUCGACCAUGCCGUCUCGAGUCACACAUGCGCAGCCACAACAAGGAACGACCUUUCGCCUGUCGCGAAGUAGGCUGCGACAAGACGUUUCCUCGAAAAGACCACUUACAGCGACACUUGAAGAACGCCCACAGUGGAUCGAACGACCAAGGAGCGCACGUGUGCGACUGGGAAGGUUGCGGGAAGACCUUCACAUCGGCCGGUCGACUUCAGCGACACAAGGACGUCCACGAAUCGAAGUUCUACUGCACCGAAUACGCUCCAUGCCAAGAGUCGUUCAGGAAAGAGACAGCGCUGGAGGCACACAUCAAGAGCCAACAUCUGGAGGUGAAGCCGUACCCAUGCACCUUCGUUGAUCCAGAGACGAAUGAGAGGUGCACAAAGGGAUACCAGACGGACAACGCACUACAAAAGCACAUCUCCAAGGCCCAUGGCACGGAGCAAGAGGAGGCACUAUAUUGCAUGCUAUGCGUUACCCCUGGUACCGGAGCGGAGGCCAUGGAGACUGACUCUGGUACUACUACCAUACCAAAGAACCCACUAUCUUUCGCAACAGUGGAGCAAUUGCACGACCACUCUGUCGAAUGCCACCCCCCAGUAUGCCCCGAAUGCGGCCAAAGGUUCAAGAACGAAGCCAAUCUCAAAUCCCACACCGAAACCGUCCACAGCGACACCGCCGCCCGCUACCCGUGUCCCAAACCGCACUGCAGCGCUCUCUUCACGCGCAAGCACAAUUUGACAGUGCAUAUCCAAACCGUACACGAGCAUCAAUUCAAAUACCACUGCGUCCCCACCGCGGUAAACGACUCGAAACACGCCGAUCUUGCUGGCUGGAACGGCGAGAACGCGUGCGGUCACUCAUUCAAAGCAAAGUCCUCACUCGACAACCACAUCCGCACCCACCACCUCGGGCAAGGAAAUCGCAAAGAGCGCCGUCUCGCAGCGAAGAGCAGAAAGAAGGAGGACCCUUCUAUGCUCACCCUCUUAACCGGCGUGGGCUACGAAAAAGAGCGCGAAAUCCCCUGCAUCAAAUCGGACUGCGAGUUCCGCUUCCACCGCGACGUCGAUCUGCGGCGACACCUGAAAGCAAUACACAACAUGAGCGAAGAUGAAGCGAGCGCAGCGAUUUUGGAGCGCGACGCAGCAGCCGGCGGACAGUUCUGGAUCGGCGGUCUCAACCCUGGCGAAGAGCUGAGCCUGUUCGAGAGUGCAACGCCGAGUAUGCCGCAGACGCCCAUGCCGUACUUCACAGAGGGCGCUGCGCUGGGGGCUGACGGGAAGGCGAUGGAUGGGUACUUCGAUCACCGCUUUGACCAGCUGAGUCUGUUCAAUGAAGAGGCCGAGAUGGAUGCUGUGAUGGGUCUGGCGGGUUUGGAGCCCGCUGCUGAUGCGGGCGAGGGGCUGCAGUGGGACAUGCUUGCCCCUGUUGAGCAGUACAAUAGCAUGGGCUAG